ACAGCAUGUUCCAUUCCCCAACAAGACUCGCUACACUCGACGACGCUUCCUCUCCUACGACGAUCCGAAUCUACCUCCUGGGAGACGCAUUAUAUCCGAGGCACCGCCACACCAUGGUCUGAUUGGGGCUCCCUUUUCCACCGUCGCAUGGUUCACGAUUCCCCGCCGCCGACGCCGCCGACGCCGCCGACGCCGCCGCCGCUACGAUGGACGACACACCCGUGCCUAAGCUCGCGGAGCUGCUGCGGCACCCCGAAGACCUCGACAAGAUCCCCGCGCUGAAGCUGGAAUUCUCGCGCAAGAAGGGUGCCGUCGACAGCCAGCUGCGCAGCGGCCUGCGCGAGCAGCUCGAGACGACCCAGUCGGGCAUGACGGGGCUGAGUGACGGCCAGAAGACGGUCCAGGCGAUCAAGGAUGAGAUGAUGAAGAUCGACAAGCUGUGCUCCGAGUCCCAGAACAUGAUCAAGGACUUUGCCAGUAUCAACCUCGUCUCCCAGGCCCACCGCAACUUCGGUGCCGUCGAGACGAUGCGCCUUAACCUCGAGACCUUUGACGAGCGCGUGUCCGUCGUCGAGAACAUGCUGAGGCAGGACGACGAGGACAACGAGAACAUGCCGAAUCUGCUGCCCUGCCAUUACGAGCUCACCCAGCUGCGGAAUAUCAGAGACGACGCCAUGGAGCAGAUCCAGCGAGCCGAUGACGACAGCCUAGAGUCGACGCUCGAGGACUAUUUCUCGCGCCUCGACGAGACCAUCGACUGGUUCGACGAGCACGUGGGCAUCCUGGCACUGAACCUCAUUAACCUCGUUGUCAAUGACAACAACGGCCUGGUGGUGCGGUUUGCCGUGGUGAUGGAGGCCGAGGAGAAGAGCGAUCUCAGGGUGUUGGCUCUGCAGGAUGCGCUCAAGGACCACAAGGAGAUGGCAACACGUUUUCAGAGCAUCACGGACGGCGCCAAGAAGGUCCGCGGCUACAAGGAGAAGUUCCUCCAGGCCAUCAAGCUUAGCGCCGAGCAGCAGUUUGACCAGGCGCGCGAAGAAUUCCUCGACGACCCUAGCAAGCUUGAGAAGAUUAUGAAAUGGUACUUUAACGACCUCAAUGCCGUCAAGAUUGGCAUGACGCCCCUGAUGCCCAAGAAGUGGCACAUCGGCAAGACAUACGCCGACGUGUACCACCAGCUCAUGCACGACUUCCUCAUUGACAUGGUGGACGGCUCCGAGGCGUCGUCAGCACACACGCUCGAGAUCGUCGGCUUCCCCGACAAAUACUACCGCAAGAUGGGCAAGAUGGGCUUCCGCCAGGAGGAGCUGGUGCCGCACGUUGUAGACAACCGCGAGGCGGAGCUGGUGCGCGACUUCCGCGAGCUCAUCAUCAAGUUCCUCGACGAGUGGAUCGACCGCAUCUUCGCCCAGGAGACGAAGGACUUUACCGACCGCAACAUCGAGGGCUCCAACCUGGACCAGGACGAGUACGGCUACUUCCGCACCAGGAACCUGGUGGCCCUCUGGCGCAUGCUGCGCGAGCAGGUCGAUGCGGCCGCCAACUCGCAGCGCGCCGACGUGGUCGAGGGUGUCAUCGACGCCAUGUUCACGCGCCUGCGCAGCCGCCAACAAGCGUGGCAGCGCAUGCUCGAGGAUGAGGCGGAGCGCUACGAGACGAACAAGGUGACGGAGCUCGACGGCUUCCAGGCGCUGCAGGACUGGCUCGUCGCCACGGCCAACGACCAGAUCGCCUGUAUCGACGACAACGAGGACGAGGGCCGCCUCGCAUAUCUCUCCAGCUUCCGCCGUAUGUACGAGGCCAGCGUCACGCCCGCCUACAUCGACCGCGCCGACAACGAGGUGAACGCCCUGCGCGAUGGCUAUGUCGACUUUAGCACCUGGUGCAUCAACCGCUUCGCCCAGCUCAUUUUCACCGUCGACUUCGGCACCGUCAUGCCCGACUUCUUUACCCCCAAGUGGUACACCAGCACCGCCAUGAAGCAGAUGGUCGUCACCUUUGAGGAGUACGUCAACGACUACCGCCACGUGCUGCACCACUCGCUCGUCGACAUCUUCAUUGAAAUCUUUGCCGACGAGCUGCUCGUGCGCUACCUCUCCGCCGUCCGCAACAAGGGCGUCAAGUUCCGCCGCACCGACCCCUUCCAGGACAAGCUAUUCAACGACAUCGCUACCGCCUUCGAGCUCUUCGGCAGCCUGCCCUCGCCCGAGAUCGGCGCCUCCAUCAAGGAGACCUGGCGUGUCACCGAGAAUUUCCUACGCCUGCUCACCGCCGAUCGCGACGCCGUCGCCGACACCUUCGCCUCUUUCAAGCUGACUUACUGGGACCUGCAGAUCAGCUGGGUCGAGGCCGUCCUCCGGUCGCGAGACGACUUUGAGCGCAGCAUGCUAAAUGCCGUCAAGGCAAGGGCCGCCCAGAUGGAUGUGGUCCGCGGACCAGAGACCAUCAUGGGACGAGUCAAGUAGACCAUGAUUUAAAAGACGGAGAGAUGACGGAUGACCAGAGGAGACGAGAGGGACAGAGGCAUGAAAGGUAUAACGGAGAAAUGGUGACAUGUAUGAUACGCCAAUGCGUCUCUUUAGCGACUAGAAAGAAGUCUUGAAAUUUAUCCAAAAACAUUGAAACAUUCUACUAUGUCGUCUUAAUCCCCUUCUAAUCUCACGGGCGCCGUUUCUGGUCCCAGAGAGGGUGCUCGACUAUAAUUACCAACAUUUCUCUCACCCGCACCUU